AUGAACAUUCCUGCAAUUUCCAUACAGGAUGAUGUUAAUAGAAUAACAUCAAAUUCAACAAACGUUACUAGUAGUUCACUAACUUCUUCUUCAUCAAACAAUAAAGUUAACCUCUCGUCGAGUAACAAUUUUAAUACCAGAACUAAUAGCAAUGAUAUUAAGCCAAUUGCCGAAUCAGAUAAUGCUUCCUUAAUUGGAGAUGGUGAAGAAGAAUCUUUAAAUGAUGAUAUUCGAAGUUCUACCAGUGUUAACCCUUCCAAAAUUAAUAGUGCUAUAAGAAAAAGUUUUGAUUCGGUGUCUAUUAGAAGAAGUUUUGAUUCAAUUAAUAGUGGAAGACCUUCAAAAACAUUUAUGUUUAACAACGAUAAGCAUUCAGGGUCCGAAGUUUAUUCACCAUUGGGAAAUAAUUCAAUUUAUGAAAUAGUAAUGAACACAAGAAGAAAGCAUUGGUUAGCUUAUCCAACUACUUUAGAUAUCCCACCAGUAAUUCUUUCCAAAAAUGAAAUCAAUCCUAAAUGGAGAGAUGAUAUAAAUGCAUACUUAUCUUCGAUUAAAAACGAAUAUACGACCUUCCAGCAUACAAACAGUAUAAGAUAUCUGAAUAAUGAUCUUAUAUCACCUACUGAUAUAGAAAAUAAUAACGAAGAUUUUAAGGAUAAAGAAAAAUUUCAAGAAACUGAUGAAGAACAAGAAGAAUUAAAAAUAAAACAGGUUCCAAAAUUUUUUUUCGAUAAAAAUUUUCAACUAGAUAAUCCAAGAAUAUUUAAUCAAGUAUUGAAUGGUAUUGAUUUAAAUUUAAAUGGUACAUCAAGCGAAGAUGAAAAGAAGAGGAAUGGAGCUUUUAUUGCACUGCGAGAUAUUCUUAUUGACUAUUUAGAUGAUGUGGAAAAUUUACUUGUCAAAAAAAUUUCGAAAUCUUCACAAAGAGUAUUCACAGUUUUAGGAGAUGUUGCUAAACUUCAAGAAAAUAUUCAAUUAUCAAUUAAUGAUUUAGAUGGCUUAGUUGAAAGGUUAAAUAAAGUUGAUAGAGAAAAAAUUCAGAAAAAAAUUAAUAGCAUUAAAAAUAUCUUAAAAAUGAAAAAUGUAGAAAAACUUGAACAAGCAUUACUACAAGUAAAAUUAGUUUUAAAUAAGGUUGACUAUUGUAAAACAAUUUAUCGACAAAAUCAAUUCGAAGAAUGUUUAGAAUUAAUUAGAUCAAUUGAUAAUUUAAUAAAAGGUGAUAGAGAUAAUGAUAAAUUGGUUAAUGAAUGGACAAAAGAUUGGCCUUAUAAAUUAGUUAAUUUAAGGACAGUUCCUUCAUUAUCAGAAACAAGGGAAUACUUGACAAAUCUGAAAAUUGAAAUUGGUGGUAAAUUUUCAUUACAGUUUUGUGAUUUACUGCUUCAAGACAUUAGGCAAUAUUGUGAAUCUGGUACUACCCGUGAUGUGUUACUAAGAUUACAAAACGGCACAAGGGAUAAAAGGCAUUCAGAAGUUACAACUCAAUUCCAAGACGAAAUAAGGCAGCUAGUUAGAAAAUUGGAUCGAUGUGAGGAACUUGCUAGUGCCUUCAAUUUAUAUCAAGAUAGGUUUAUAACGGAAUUGAAAAAUAUUAUUAAAAUUUAUUUACCACAAGAGACUAUAUCUGAAGCGGGUAGUGUAAAUAUGGAUGAUUCAACAACACAACAAACUAAACAAUCACAAUCACAACCAAUAUCAAGUGGCUCUAAACUAUCAAGAUUAAUUAGAGCUCAAACUCCUGUUGAGUUUCAAGAAAUGCUAAUUUUCAUAUUCACUCAUUUAAGUGAAGCUAUCAGAAGAUUAUAUAGGCAGCAGAAACUUCUAUUAGAUAUUGCCUUAAAUGAAAUAACAGCAUUAGGGAAAUCCAAUGAAAAUCAAAUGGCAAUGAUCAAACAACUAGAUAUUAGAAAUGGCAUUAAUGAAGGUAUUGAAAUUGUCCAGUUGAGAAUGGGCAAGAUUAUCUCAGUAAGACGUGAAGCAAAUACAGUAAUUCCUUGUGAAUUUUUCAUCAGAGUCUAUUCAAUUAUUAUAUUAUUUAUCAAAGAAUGUGAAAAUGUUAGCGGUGAAUUCUUGACUAAAUAUUUGCAAGAUACAAUUACAUCACAAAUUCGAAACUAUAUUAAGAUUAACUCUGUACGGAAUAUUAAAACUUUGAAGGGCUUACUAGUAAAUGAAAAGUGGAUACCUUUCAUUGUUCAGCCAAGUAUUCAAAAGGAUGUAAACGAUAUUGUCUCUAGUAUAAAUAUUGAUCCUCUAGACUGGAUUAAAGUUAGAGACCUAUCUUUAAUAUUUACUAAAUCGAAAGAGAAUAAAACCAAUAUCAACAAUUUAUCAGCUGGAACUACAAAAUCUAGUGAACCUUCUAUAGCUGAUGCCACGAAAGAAUCCAAGCCAGUAGGUCACAAGAAAUCAGUGGUUGUUGCUGACAAAACAUUUGUUGCAAGUGAAACUUUAAUCAAUGCUAUUACAAUUUUGAAAGAUACUUUGAUACUUUCAAUUAAUUUGCCUUCAUCAUAUUCAAUUGAUUUUGAAAAAAUGACUGUUGAUGUAUUUAGAACAUUUAACGAUUACGUGAUUACAAGUGUAAAUCAAUCUACGGCAUCUGGUCAGCAUAGGAACUUGUCAAUCAUGGGAGAAUCAGAAGAUUGUCUUGCGGAAUUUCUACUUUAUAUCCAACAAUUUUUCGGUAGAUUAACUAGUUCUUCAAGAGAUUUUACCCCACAUUCCCAGAACCAAUAUUCACAGUUGCAAAUACAGUAUCAAAAGACUUCUGAGAGGAUAUAUAUGGCAAAUGCACCACCACCUCCAAUGUAA